AUGAGUAGCGAUGCUGAGAUGGCCCAGUAUGGGCCAGCGGCCGCCUUUCUCCGCAAGCCGGAGAAGGAGCGAGUGGAGGCUCAGAACCGACCGUUCGAUGCCAGAACGGCCUGCUUUGUGCCAGACGCCAAAGAGCUUUACAUCAAAGGUGUCAUCCAGAAGAAAGAAGGUGGCAAAGUCACAGUGAAGACCGAAGCUGAUGAGACUGUAACAGUCAAGGAGGAAGACUGCCAUCCCAUGAACCCCCCAAAGUACGACAAGAUUGAGGACAUGGCCAUGAUGACCCACCUCAACGAACCCUCUGUGCUGUUUAACCUCAAAGAUCGUUACGCAGCGUGGAUGAUUUACACCUACUCCGGACUCUUCUGUGCCACGGUGAACCCUUACAAGUGGCUGCCGGUGUACGACCCGCAGGUCGUGGCGGCUUACAGAGGGAAAAAACGAAUGGAGGCUCCGCCACAUAUUUUCUCCGUGUCUGAUAACGCUUAUCAGAACAUGCUCACAGAUCGUGAGAAUCAGUCUGUCCUGAUUACUGGAGAAUCUGGUGCAGGAAAGACCGUCAACACCAAGCGUGUCAUCCAGUACUUUGCGACAAUCGCAGUUGCUGGUGGCGACAAAAAGGAGCACUCGUCUGGAAAAGUGCAGGGAACGCUGGAAGAUCAAAUCAUUUCAGCGAAUCCUUUGCUGGAGGCUUUUGGGAAUGCCAAGACUGUGAGGAACGACAACUCCUCACGAUUUGGUAAAUUCAUCAGAAUCCACUUUGGAACCACAGGAAAACUGGCUUCUGCUGAUAUUGAAACAUAUUUGCUGGAGAAGUCAAGAGUGACGUUCCAGUUGUCUGAAGAGAGGAGCUACCACAUCUUCUAUCAGAUAAUGACGGGCCACAAAUCAGAGCUCAUAGAAAUGCUUCUCAUAACAACAAACCCGUAUGACUUCCCCAUGAUAAGUCAGGGGCAGAUUUCUGUGGCCAGCAUCGACGACAAAGAAGAACUCUUGGCCACUGAUAUGGCCACCGAUAUCUUGGGCUUCACCAACGAAGAAAAAAUGUCCAUCUACAAGCUAACCGGCGCUGUGCUGCAUUACGGGAACAUGAAGUUCAAGCAGAAGCAGCGGGAGGAGCAGGCGGAGCCCGACGGCACAGAGGUGGCAGACAAAGUCGCUUUCCUGAUGGGUCUGAACUCUGCUGACCUGUUGAAAGGCCUUUGUUACCCCAGAGUGAAAGUGGGGAAUGAAUAUGUCACUAAAGGCCAGACGGUGCCCCAGGUCACCAAUGCAGUUGGUGCUCUGGCCAAGUCUGUGUAUGAGAAGAUGUUCUUAUGGAUGGUCAUAAGAAUCAAUGAGAUGUUGGACACAAAGCAACCACGGCAGUUCUUCAUCGGAGUGCUGGACAUCGCUGGAUUCGAAAUAUUCGAUUACAACAGCAUGGAGCAACUCUGCAUCAACUUCACCAACGAGAAGCUGCAACAGUUUUUCAACCACCACAUGUUUGUGUUGGAGCAAGAGGAGUACAAGAAGGAGGGGAUUGAUUGGGAGUUCAUCGACUUUGGUAUGGACCUCGCAGCCUGCAUUGAGCUCAUUGAAAAGCCAAUGGGCAUCUUCUCCAUCCUUGAAGAGGAGUGUAUGUUCCCCAAGGCCUCAGACACUUCCUUUAAGAACAAACUCUACGAUCAGCAUCUUGGAAAGAAUAACGCCUUCCAGAAGCCAAAGGCUGUCAAAGGCAAACCCGAGGCUCACUUCUCCCUGGUGCACUACGCCGGCACUGUGGACUACAACAUCAGCGGCUGGCUGGAGAAGAACAAAGACCCUCUGAAUGAGUCUGUGGUGCAGCUUUACCAGAAGUCACAAAUGAAGUUGUUGGCUUUCUUGUACGCUUCAUUUUCUGGUGCUGAAGCAGAGUCGGGAGGUGAUGCAGGUGGAAAAGGUGGAAAGAAAGGAGGAAAGAAGAAGGGUGGCUCGUUUCAGACGGUGUCUGCAGUUUUCAGGGAAAAUCUCGGAAAACUGAUGACCAACUUGAGGAGCACCCACCCUCACUUUGUGCGUUGCCUGAUUCCCAAUGAGGUUAAAACACCAGGUAUCAUGGACAACCACUUGGUCAUUCACCAGCUGCGCUGUAACGGUGUGCUGGAGGGUAUCAGGAUCUGCAGGAAGGGAUUCCCGAGCAGGAUCCUGUACGCAGACUUCAAGCAGAGAUACAGAAUCCUAAAUGCCAGUGCCAUCCCUGAGGGACAGUUCAUCGAUGGAAAGAAAGCUUCUGAGAAGCUUCUUGGUUCGAUUGACAUUGACCACACACAGUACAGAUUUGGGUCAACAAAGGUCUUCUUCAAAGCUGGACUACUCGGCACUCUGGAGGAGUUGCGAGAUGAAAAACUUGCUUCUCUCGUGACCCAGACUCAAGCACUGUGUCGUGGUUUUCUCAUGAGAAAAGAAUUCUCCAAAUUAAUCGCACAAAAAGAUUGUGUCUGGAUUCUCCAAUAUAACUUGCGUUCAUUCAUGAAUGUGAAACACUGGCCGUGGAUGAAGCUGUUCUUUAAAAUAAAGCCACUUCUAAAGAGUGCAGAAACCGAAAAGGAGAUGGCGACCAUGAAAGAGGAUUUCAUCAAAUGUAAAGAGGAUCUGGCAAAGUCAGACUCCAAGAGAAAGGAGCUUGAGGAGAAAAUGGUUUCUUUGUUGCAGGAGAAAAAUAACCUCCUCCUGCAAGUACAAGCUGACUCGGAGAAUCUUUGUGAUGCCGAGGAGAGAUGCGAAGGCUUGAUUAAGAGCAAAAUCCAGCUCGAGGCCAAACUCAAAGAGGUGACCGAGAGACUGGAGGAUGAGGAGGAAAUGAGCGCCGAGUUGACCGCCAAGAAGCGGAAGCUCGAAGACGAAUGCUCUGAACUUAAAAAAGACAUCGAUGACCUGGAGAUAACCCUGGCUAAAGUGGAGAAGGAGAAACAUGCCACAGAAAACAAGGUUAAAAACCUGAUGGAGGAGCUGGCUGGUCAGGAUGAAAACAUUGGCAAACUGACCAAGGAGAAGAGAGCCCUACAGGAGGCUCAUCAACAGGCGCUCGAUGAUCUCCAAGCAGAGGAAGACAAAGUCAACUCUCUGACCAAAGCAAAGUCCAAGCUUGAACAGCAAGUGGAUGACCUUGAGGGUUCAUUGGAGCAAGAAAAGAAGAUCCGCAUGGACCUGGAAAGAGCCAAGCGGAAGCUCGAGGGGGAUCUGAAACUUACCCAAGAAUCCCUGAUGGACCUCGAAAAUGACAAACAGCAAUCUGAGGAGAGGAUUAAGAAAAAAGAAUUUGAAAACAACCAGCUGCUCAGCGACAUCGCAGAUGAGCAAACAAUUAAUAACCAGCUUCAGAAGAAGAUGAAGGAGCUCCAUGCUCGUAUCGAAGAGCUAGAGGAAGAAGUCGAGGCCGAACGAGCUGUCCGGGCAAAGAUCGAGAAGCAGCGGUCGGACCUCUCCAGGGAGGUCGAUGAGCUCAGCGAGAGGCUGGAGGAGGCCGGAGGAGCCACCGCCGCUCAGAUCGAGAUGAACAAGAAGCGAGAAGCCGAGUUCAUCAAACUGCGACGCGACCUGGAGGAGUCCACGCUGCACCACGAGGCCACGACCGCCGCACUGCGCAAGAAGCAGGCGGACAGCAUGGCCGAGCUGGGCGAGCAGAUUGACAACCUCCAGAGGAUCAAACAGAAACUGGAGAAGGAGAAGAGCGAACUGAAGAUGGAGAUCGAUGAUCUGGCCGUUAAUAUGGAAACAGUCGCAAAAGCAAAGGUCAACCUGGAGAAGUUGUGUCGUUCACUUGAAGAUCAGCUCAUGGAGCUAAAGACCAAGAAUGAUGAAAACAUGCGACAAAUUAAUGAUCUCAACAACCAGAGGGCUCGCUUUCAAACUGAGAACGCUGAAUUCUCACGACAAAUGGAAGAGAGAGAAAGUCUCAUUUCCCAGCUGACGAGAGGAAAACAGGGUUUCACGUCACAAAUCGACGAGUUAAAACGACUGAUCGAGGAGGAAACAAAGGCUAAGAACGCCUUGGCUCACUGUCUGCAGUCAGCCCGUCACGACUGCGACCUCCUCCGCGAGCAGUUCGAGGAGGAACAGGAAGCCAAAGCUGAGCUGCAGCGCUGUUUGUCGAAAGCAAACACCGAGGUCGCUCUGUGGAGGAACAAGUACGAGACUGACGCCAUCCAACGCACCGAGGAGCUCGAGGAAGCAAAGAAAAAACUCGCCCAGCGUCUCCAAGAAGCCGAAGAACAAAUCGAAGCCGUCAACUCAAAGUGCGCCUCGCUGGAGAAAACCAAACAGCGGCUUCAAAACGAGAUGGAGGAUCUCAUGGUGGACGUGGAACGUUCCAACAGCUUAGCCGCCACCCUUGACAAGAAGCAGAGAAACUUUGACAAGAUUCUGGCUGAGUGGAAGCAGAAGUACGAGGAAACUCAGGCCGAGCUCGAAAGCGCUCAGAAAGAAUCUCGAUCUUUGAGCACCGAGCUCUUCAAACUGAAAAACUCCUACGAAGAAGCCCUGGACCAUCUGGAGACAAUGAAAAGGGAAAAUAAAAACCUGCAACAGGAGAUCUCAGAUCUGACGGAGCAACUCGGGGAGAGCGGGAAGACGAUUCACGAACUGGAGAAGUUCAAGAAGCAUGUGGAGACAGAAAAAUACGACAUGCAAACAUCGCUGGAAGAAGCUGAGGCCUCCCUGGAACAAGAGGAGUCCAAGAUCCUGCGUGCACAGAUGGAGCUGAACCAGGUGAAGGCCGAAGUUGAUCGAAAAAUCGCGGAGAGAGAUGAAGAGAUCGACCAGAUGAAAAGGAACCACCAGAGAGUGAUGGAGUCAAUGCAGGCCACCCUGGAUGCCGAGGUCCGGAGCAGGAACGACGUCCUGAGGGUGAAGAAGAAGAUGGAGGGUGACCUGAACGAGAUGGAGAUCCAGCUGAGCCACGCUAACAGGCAGGCGGCCGAGGCCCAGAAACAACUGAGGAACAUUCAGGGGCAACUCAAGGAUGUACAAAUCCACCUGGACGACUCUCUCAGAGGGCAGGACGAUAUGAAGGAGCAGGUAGCCAUGAUGGAGCGUCGAACAGCUCUGAUGCAGGCUGAGAUCGAAGAACUUCGAGUGGUCGUUGAGCAGACGGAGCGGAGCCGCAAAACGGCUGAGCAGGAACUGAUCGACGCCAGCGAGCGCGCAGGACUUCUGCACUCUCAGAACACCAGUCUUUUAAACGCGAGAAAGAAGCUUGAUUCGGAUGUAACUCAGCUUCACACCGAGAUAGAGGAAGCCGUUCAAGAGGCGAGGAACGCCGAGGAGAAGGCCAAGAAAGCCAUUACUGAUGCGGCUAUGAUGGCUGAAGAGCUGAGGAAGGAGCAGGACACCAGCGCUCACCUGGAAAGGAUGAAGAAGAACCUGGAGGUGACGGUGAAAGACCUGCAGCACCGCUUGGACGAGGCCGAAAACUUGGCAAUGAAGGGCGGAAAGAAGCAGCUUCAGAAACUGGAGGCCAGAGUUCGCGAGCUGGAAAAUGAGCUGGAAGGCGAGCAGAAACGUUCUACGGAGGCCAUCAAAGGAGUGCGCAAAUACGAGAGGAAAGUCAAAGAGCUGACCUAUCAGGCUGAAGAAGACAAGAAAAACAACGUGCGGCUGCAGGAUUUGGUCGACAAGCUCCAGAACAAAAUGAAAGCCUACAAGCGACACGCUGAAGAAGCUGAGGAGCAGUGUAACAUGCACAUCGCCAGAUUCAGGAAGGUUCAACACGACCUGGAGGAGGCCGAAGAGAGAGCUGAUGUAGCCGAAUCUCUGGCCAACAAGAUGAGAGCCAAGAGCCGCGAAAUAGGGACGAAGGUACAGGAAGGACAGGGCGAGUAGCUGAACGUUGGACUUUUCAUCACGAGGAGAACUGAUGAACUGCUCCAAUAUUUUAGUCUCCAAAUAAAAUAACAUAAAAUAAUAAUGUGAUUAUUAAUUGAACUACUAUUUCGAAUCAUUCUCCACUUCUAAUCGUUAGUAGUAUAUUAAUUAUCCAGUGUGUUGAUACAACCCUGAAGCCUCGAGGCGGCCACAGAAGAACCAGAAUCACACGAAUAAAAAACAGAUAUGGUGACGACGAAUCUGACUUUCUGGCCUUGAGGCCGUGUAAUGUCGAGGUGGUUCAUUAAGGAAGGAACUCGUUAUUGAUUUUAGAUGUAACAGUUCCCGUACAUCGAGACAAUUGUUAGAUCAUGCAAAUAUUCAGGGACUAUUUUUGAUGAUGGGAACGUCUUUGCAAACUCAAUUCAUCCUCUAAUCGUCAUUUUUAUUAUAGAAUAGAAUAGAUCUUUAUUGUCAUUGUCAC